GCAUUCUCCCUUCUCUUCGCACCUAACACAGGACAGGUUCAUUGGCUAUUGUCCUUCCAAGGCGAUGUCAACUAAUGGCUAAGUUACAUCUUAAACGCACUCCCGCCGAGGAGGCCGAACGGGCUCUCCGCAAGGCUCGAAAAGCCGCAAGGACCGCAAGGAAACGGUCAUAUCUGUCGGAGGAAGCAGGUCAGCAUGGAGAAUCUAGCUCCAAAAGGAGACGCAGAGGAGAAGACAUUGAUUCUGAUCUUGACGAAGAGGUUUAUGGCCCUCCACCUCCCCCAUCGCUGUCAUCCGCGCACAAACCUGAUUAUGACACCAUUCUUUCUGAGUUGGAAGACGCUCGCUUCAGAGAGAAAAUGUGGGAUGCUUUACGGGAUGAUGAACGGCUGGAUGGUAUAGACGCUAGAUUUAACGAUUAUGCCCAUGUCCCCGAUAGAUGGCGGGCGAACGCAGCCAGCGGUGGAAGCUCUGAGGACCAAACGGAAAUGGAUCCGCGGUUCAUGGACGAUGACACUUACACCGAGUGGAUUCGAGCAGGGAUGUGGAGGCGAAAAAAUGCGCGCCAAUACGAAGAAGAAGCACGCAUGAAGGCGGAAAAGGCAGCUCGAAGCGCUAGGAAGAAGGAAAUGAAAGCAGAGACGGCCAGACUUGAAAAGGUUGUGGAAGAGCGAAGAAAACAGAAGAAAAGAGAAAGGGACAGCCAACGAGAGGAGAACGCUCGAGCAGAGUAUGACAGAAAGUGGAAGGAUCUCUUGGAUCCCAAUGCUCGGCAUAGCUCUUCUCUUUCCUUCGGAGACAUACCAUGGCCACUAUUUGUACCCGUGAUGCACUCAGAUUCCGCUCAUUCGGACUCAUCCUCAAUUACAUUGGAACACCUCACGACAACAGCAAUAUCUGCAUUCCUGAUACCGAUUUCUACAAUCUCUGCGCUCGCUCAGGACGUCGGUGUUUCUCUCCCCACUCAUGAUCGUGACAAGAAGGAGAAGAAAGAGAAAUUACGGGAGACAAUGCUACGGUUUCAUCCAGAUAAGUUUGAAGGACGGGUCAUGCGGAAGGUCAUCGAAACGGACAAAGAUAGAGUAAGGGAGGCUGUGGGUCAGGUGGCUCGAGUUCUCAACACUCUCAUGGAGGAAUAGAUCGAUGGUAUAGUCCGUCACACCAGUUCUUCAAUUUGAAGAUGAUAUCUACCAAUCACCAAUUUAUCGCACUUAGUUUCUAUUCGAUGUGAAUUUACCAAACACGUAGAACGACGGCGAGGGUCCGUUCGUGAGGGAUGCUCUUGGCUAUCUUGACUCAAGUGCUGAACUACGCCCUAGGUAUACAUAUUGCUUUACAAUCAUGGGCAUCCUCUUAGUGCAAUACGAUACGUUACCCUUAUCAAAUACACCUGUGCUCCGGCCUGAAACUAGAAAAUAUCAGCCAUCUACUUCCGCCGAUUCCCAAAAGACCGAAUGUAGACAAAAGUUCUAG